GUUCCGAUCGACUUCAUUUCAGCAUCUGGGUCCAUCGACCUGAUAAUUCAUCCCGUGCCAUGUGGCCGCCCAUCGACGAGGAAUCCACGGCGUUGUGUAUCGGUCUGGCUUUGUUCGUCCCUUUCCCUUGCAUUCUGUGGGAUGGUGCGAAAUUGCUGGAUCAAAGAAAACGAAGGAAUGACCCGCUGCAGAUGGGGAAUGCUUUCCCCGUCGCGACGAAGUGGACAGGCGAUGAGGUGCAGCUCUGGUAUACGACCAUCGGACGGUGGUUUCUCAUGUCCUUUUUCCUAAAGUGCUUCGCGACUCCAGUCUGGCAGACUGGCAAGCGUCCCGAUUGGCCGGGGAAGGCCAGAAGACCACAUCGGAACAGAGUCGACUGGCGGGACGGAACACGUAGUUCGCAGGCUGAGGUCAGCCUGUACGACGCCAGCAAGUUCGCGGUUUGCAUCAAGCCCCUUCCGACCAUGGCCCCCCUGCCGACAUCGCAGCCGCAGCUGCAGCUGAUCCACCCGGUGAGACAGCCAUCGCCCUCCGUUCGCAUCAUUCGGGAGGUGGACAAAGACAUCAUGUCAAGCAGCCCAACGAGCCAGAGCAGCAUCGGCAACCCCACCAAUAUUGUCAAGGUCUGGACUGUGGGCGAUGGCGGCGAUCCCAGCUCAAACUACCUCCACCCCACCAUCGUUCCGUUCUUCGAGCAAGAGGUCAGCGUCAAGCCCACCUCCCACGGCUCUGGGCCCCAGCUCUCCAGGACGGAAAACCUCUGCGCCACACGCACCGUGACAUAA